AUGGCCGACGCAACCCUCUUCGACGACACCUUCACCCUAACCUCGCUCAACAACCAGAAAUACGACCGCGUAUCCCGCGUCACGGGCACAUCCACCGAUUCCUCCACCAUUCUGUCGCUUGACAUCAACCAUGAAAUCUACCCCGUUGCUGUUGGCGAGACUCUGCAGGUGGUUCUGGCCUCGACACUGAACUUGGACGGCACCAAAGAGGAUGUGAGCAAGGGAUGGAGGGAAAAGACAAACGAGGAAAACAGCUUGGCGGAUAUGUUUGAUUAUGUUUGUUGGGGCAAGGUUUAUCGGUUUGAGGAGGGAGAGGGGGAGAAUAUCAAGGUCUACGUCUCCUUUGGUGGUCUGCUUCUUUACCUCGAGGGUCCUUACAAGAAGCUCACUCCUCUGCGCAUCGACUACGUCUACCUCUUGAUCAAGAAAUGA